AUGCACAGGAUGGACAAUUCACGCCCUGUCCUCAUCAUCGGUGCGGGUCUGUCGGGCCUUGCCCUUGGGCGAAUCUUGACAAAUAAUAAUAUUUCAAACAUCGUCUUCGAGGCAUCUUCGCCGGAACGCAGUCAGGGGUUUGCCAUUUCCAUGCAUGACUGGGGCUACUCACCAUUGCUCGAGGCCCUCGGCGGGCUGUCCCCCCAAAGUAUGACCAAGGCUGUUGCACCAGACCGCUUUAUCGGUGGCACCGGCUGGGUUGACCUUGCAAUGCGCGAUAACAUGACAGGCCAGAUACUCGUCGAACCGGACGCUAAUGCCCGGCCAGCGGUUGUGCGAGCGAAUCGCAAUGCACUGCGGGCCUGGAUUGCCGACUGCGGGGAUGACCAGCUGGAUGUGCGUUAUGGACAUAAGCUCAAGAUUAUAUCUGGGUCAAUGGGCAACGUUCAGGCAGUCUUCGAGAAUGGAGCUGUAUAUGACGGCUCGGCGGUGGUUGCUGCUGAUGGUGUGCAUUCGACGGUGCGUUCGCAGGUCCUGCCACAUAUCGUUCCAGAAGUGGUGCCAGUAGUGAUAUAUCAUGGCGAGUUUGAGGUGUCGCGCGACGAGUACGACCGCUACCUGCGUCCUGUCAUCGGCAAUGCUAACAUUCUUGCGGGUGUGGGUGACGGGUUUUAUACGCCGAUCACAGUCUGCAACAUAACGAAGACGCGGGUGCACCUUGAUUGGUCAUAUUCCCGACCAGCGUCCGGCGAAAAUGACCCAUUGUUUAAUGAUAAGAAGCCAGAAGUCCAGACGCGAGAGCCACCCCAGGCGCUCCUGGAUGAACUGCCGUCGCGGCAGCUCGCGGAGCCGUGGGCACGGUACAUCAACUCGGAGACCAUCCGACAGCACUCAGUGUUCCACUGGAUCAGUCGAUGCGUGUGCAUGCCAACGGCGGAUGCCUUGCAAGCUGCGCAGACAGGCGUGGUGUUCGUCGGGGACUCGUGGCAUGCGAUGCCGAUCUUCGGUGGGGAGGGCGGCAACCACGCACUGGUGGACAGUACUGAACUGGCGGCAGCGAUGAUCAAAGAGGCUGCUGUGGAUCGCGCAGUGGCUGUGUAUUACCGAGGAGCUGCUCGACGAAUCCAGGAAGCCGUACGCCGGUCACGAUCAAGAUUUUACGUGCUGCACCGACCCAUAGCAGAGUGGCGGGAGAUUGCGGAAAAGCGGCGGGCCAAGGCGGGCGCUCAGGCAGCAGAUUAG